AUGGCUUCCACCAUGAAAUUUAUGCUUUUCUCUGUGCUCUCCCUCAUUUCUUUCCAAGCAGUAGUCUCGAUUGCCCCAUUACAAUUUCAACAUCCACUAGACCCUUUAACCAAAGAAGAGAUAACUCUCGUUCAAACCAUAGUCCUAAAGAAGUACCCUACCUCAAAGAACAGAUUGGCCUUCCACUAUAUUGGCCUUGAUGACCCUGACAAAGCUGCAGUCCUUAAAUGGGAAUCACUCAAACCAACUCUCAUGACAAUCCCUCGCAAAUCCUUCACCAUUGCUAUCAUCAAUAGCCAGAGCCACGAGAUCUUAAUUGAUCUAAAGGCAAGGCGCAUGCUCUCUGACAAUGUUUACACUGGACAUGGUUUCCCUACCCUAUCCGUUGAGGAACAAACCGCUGCCAUUGAGCUGCCACUGAAAUAUGGUCCAUUCAUUGAGUCAGUGAAGAAGAGAGGCUUGAACCUCUCUGAGGUUGUAUGUUCUACUUUCUCAAUGGGGUGGUUUGGAGAAACGAAGGCCGCGAGGACCGUUAGGGUCGACAGCUUCAUGAAAGAAAGUUCUCCCAAUAUCUGGGUGAGGCCUAUUACUGGAAUCAUAAUAGUGGUUGAUCUUGAACUCAUGAAGAUUGUUGAGUACCAUGACAGAGGUGUUGAACCAGUUCCUACGGCAGAGAAUACUGAAUACAGAGCUGCAUUUCUGAAGCCACCAUUCGGUCCUAAACAGAAGAGUCUGGCCACCCAUCAACCACAAGGUCCAGGCUUCCAGAUCAGCGGUCAUAGUGUUAGCUGGGCCAACUGGAAGUUCCAUAUAGGAUUUGAUGUGAGAGCUGGUGCUAUAAUUUCAUUGGCAUCAAUUUACGAUCUGGAGAAGCAUAAGUCACGUCGAGUAUUAUACAAAGGGUACAUUUCUGAACUGUUCGUGCCAUACCAAGACCCAACAGAUGAUUUUUACUUCAAGACAUUCUUUGAUGCUGGAGAGUUUGGGUUUGGUCUCUCUACUGUCUCUUUGGUGCCCAACCGCGAUUGCCCAUCCAAUGCACACUUCAUAGAUACAUACAUUCACACAGGUGAUGGUAGCCCCAGCCUAUUGAAGAACGCUGUCUGUGUAUUUGAAAAAUAUGGCGAUAUCAUGUGGCGCCACACAGAAACAGGCAUUCCUAAUGAAACGUUCGUGGAGGCUAGGACUGAAGUAAACUUAAUAGUAAGAACGGUGGUCACAGUAGGCAACUACGACAAUAUUAUAGAUUGGGAGUUCAAAGCAAGUGGCUCGAUCAAGCCCGCGAUAGCACUGUCUGGCAUACUGGAAAUUAAGGGAGCGGAUAUUAAGCACAAGAAUGAGAUUAAGGAAGAUCAACAUGGUAUCUUGGUGUCAGCAAACAGCAUUGCCGUAUACCACGACCACUUCUACAUAUACUAUCUUGACCUUGACAUUGAUGGCGUUGAAAACUCCUUCGAGAAGACCACUUUGAAGACAGUAAGAGUGACGGAUGGAAGUUCAAAGAGAAAGAGCUAUUGGACAACUGAGUCUGAAUUUGCCAAGACUGAAUCUGAUGCAAAGAUUAUAAUUGGGGCAACCCCAUCUGAGCUUGCAAUUGUGAAUCCUAACAAGCACACCGCCGUUGGAAAUGACGUCGGAUACCGUUUGAUUCCAGCACUGCCAGCUCAUCCCCUUUUAACGGAGGAUGAUUACCCACAAAUCCGUGGUGCAUUUACCAACUAUAAUGUGUGGGUCACUCCUUAUAAUAGGACUGAGAAGUGGGCUGGUGGACUCUUUGUUGAUCACAGCCAUGGAGAUGAUACUUUAGCUGUUUGGACCAAAAAGAAUAGAGACAUUGUGAACAAGGACAUUGUGAUGUGGCACGUAGUGGGAAUUCAUCACGUUCCGUGCCAGGAAGACUUCCCGAUGAUGCCAUUGUUGAGCACUGGAUUUGAGCUGAGGCCAACCAAUUUCUUUGAGAGGAAUCCGGUUCUUAAGACCCUUUCUCCAAAGGAUGUUGCAUGGCCUGGCUGCCACAAGUAA